AUGCAGGAUGAGCAGCAGCAAGAGCAGCAGGAGAAGCCUGAGCAGCAGCAAGAGCAGCAGGAGCAGCCGCGGGAAACACGGGAGCUCUUCAGAAAGCCAGGAGCAGCCGAGCGCAGCGCACACGAGGCACUGCUGGCGCACCCCAUCGCGCGGCAGCUGCGGACAGCGACCCGUGCCGGGGCCUGGAUGCGCGACGGCCGCAGCAGCAGCGGCUCGCGCGCAGGCGGGGACACGCAGGGUGCGCGCGUGCUAAUCGGCGUGCGGUUUGCCUCUGUUGUCGCGGAUGACCUGCCCUCUGGCACGCGCUUCGCGCCAGCCGAGGCGGCCGCCGUCGACUGGGCCGCGCCGCUCGCCUCGCUCGCCACGUCUGGCGGCGCGGCCGCGGGCUGCGUGCCGGCGGCGCACGUCGAGGGCGCGCGGUCGCUGACGGUCUCUGCGUGCGCGCACGAGCUCGGCGCGGUGGUCGAGUGGCUGGCCCGGCAGCCGCAGGUGCAUUGGCUCGAGCCGCGCCGCCGCAUGCAGCUGCACAACCGCAUCGCGAGCGCGGUCACGCAGGGCGGCGUCCGCGGCGCGCCGGGCGACCCGAGCGCCGCCUCCGCGGCUGCCCACCCGUUCUUUGCGGCGGGCGUCGGGCUGCGCGGCGAGGGCCAGCUGAUCGGCGUCGGCGACAGCGGCCUCGACAUGGACUCCUGCUUCUUUUUCGACCCGGCAGUCAGCUUUGCGGCCGGCAUCCAGGACUCGCCUGCCGGCAAGGUCUUCGCCUCGGACACGCACCGGAAGGUCGCGUACUACCUCGGGCGCGCCGACACCAACAUGCUCGACACCGUCGGCCACGGCACGCACACCAGCGGCACGCUGGCCGGCGCCGCGCUCGGCGCGGCGAGCGACGCGGACUCGCCCGCGACGGGCAUGGCGCCGGGGGCGCGGCUGGGGUUCAUGGACCUGUCUUCGGCGGACGGCAGUGGGGUGAUGGUCCCCGACGAUCUGGACGCGGGGUACUUCCCGCUGGCAUUCAACCGAGGCGUGCGGAUCCACUCUGACUCUUGGGGCUCGAGCGUGGCUGUCUACGACGAGGCGGCCGCCUCUGCCGACAAGUUCCUAUUUGAGCACCCCGAGUUCCUCAACCAGGACCUCCCCACCACGGUGACGUCGCCCGCAACCGCCAAGAACGCGAUCGCCGUCGGCGCGACGAUGUCGCUGCGCGAGAGCUACUCGCGGCGGCUGGCGGCGCCUGUGGCCGACGUGCGGGUGGAGGUCAUGAACGCGCCCGACGCGCCGGAGGGCAGCGACACGCUGACUCUGCACUGGCGCGUCGUGGGCGUCGAGUGGGGCCCCCAGCUGUCACAGAUAUUUGACCGGCGGCUGCAGCUGUACACGGCGUCGGACGGCGGCGCGGCGUGCACGCCGGGGUCGGCCGACCUCGCGCGCGGCGGCGUGCUGGUGGCGCUGCGCUCCGCCGGAUGCAACUUGGGCACAAAAAUCCAGACCGCCGCCGCCGGCGGCGCCGUGGCGUUGCUGCUCGCGACGCGCCAGGAGAGCGGCUACUCGGUCAUCCAGCAGGACGGCGCGCCCGCGCUGCUGCCGGUCGGGUCGAUCCCGCUGCCGAUGGCGCAGCACCUGCGGCAGUACUCCGACACCGGCGCCAACACCACCAACGUCGUUUACGUCACCUUCUCGCGCCACCAGCUGUGCGACUGCCCCUCAUACGAGGACAUUGCCUCAUACUCCUCCUUCGGCCCCACCGGCGACCGCCGCACCAAGCCCGACGUCGUCGCGCCCGGGGACGUCACCAGCGCCUUCUCCAACGGCCGCGCCGACGGCGUCGUGGACCAGUGCAUGACUGUGCGCAAGCAGGGGACGUCGAUGGCCACGCCCGUGGUGGCCGGUGGCGCGGCGCUCGCGCGGCAGUACUUCACCGCGGGGUUCUACCCGGGCGGAGCGCGCGGCGCCGGGGCGGCGUACACGCCGUCGGGCGUGCUGCUCAAGGCGGUGCUGCUGGGGGGCGCGCUCAACAUGAUUGGGUACACGGAGCUGAGCCUGCCGUUGGAGCCGGCCCCGAGCUUCCGCCAAGGCUACGGACGCCUCAACCUCACGCGCUCGCUGCCCGUCGGCGGCAUCGCGCCGCCGGGCUGGCGCAUGCAGAUCAUUGACCUCGCUUCGCUGACCGAGGGCCAGUCCCACCGCUACUGCGUCACCGUCACCGGCCCCACCACCGUCACCCUGGUGUGGUACGACUACCCGGCGUCACCCGCUGCGGGCGUCACCCUCCAGAACGACCUCGACCUUGUGGUGUCGCCUGUCGCCGCCGCGUCGCGCGGCCUGAAGCUGCGCGGCAACGGCUGGCACGACAACCUCAACACCGUCGAGCGCGUGUCGGACAUACCGAAGGGCCCCGCGCAGAUCGAGGUAUCCGCGCCGCGCGUCAUCGCGAAAGUGGGGGCGCAGAAGUACGCCCUCGUCGUGCAGGGCGUCUUUGACGGCGCGCUGGCCUCGGAGGACGGCGCGACCAACCCGGACCCGGCCGCGCGCGCCGCGCCGCGCGAGUGCCCGGCGUCGACGGCGAUCCGGCUCUCGUCCGUGCCGGCGCCCAUCGUGCUUGGCGGCGGCGGCGCUGCCGCAGCCGGCGCCGCAGCUGUCGGCGCUGCCGCGACGCCACAGCCCAUCGUGCUUGGCGGCGGCGCCGCCGCCGCAGCCGGUGCUGCCGCGAUGCCGCCGCCCAUCGUGCUGGACAGCGCCCGCGCCGCAGCAGCCGCGUCGACGAUCCCACCCACCCGCUGA